GCUAACAGACUGAUUGCGGCGUCAUAUAAAUAACCCUAGUACGCUUCUCGCGGCGCUAUAUCAAUAUCACUAGUGCCCCAGGCUCUCGUUUUCAUACCCCCACGCCAUUGAAAGGAAGACAAGCAUGCAAGCAUCCGUCCGAAAUGUGCUGCGGUCUCCUCGUCCUUACGUUCUUAUGCCAUCUGGGCCUUCUAACGACGUUGGACAAUUCCAUCCCGUCUCCCUGAGAAUACCUGAGGCUUCAAGUUCUACUCAUGCUCAACCACCCUUCUUUGGCGAUGACUGCCCCUCCUUUUCAUACCCGCGCGCCAUUGAAAGGAACACAGAUAUGCUAUCACGCGUGUCCAGUUGUGCGGCUGCAGCUGUGUGGCUUCAGCUGUGCGGUAAUCCUCCCAAUCGUUAUCACGCGUGUCCAGUCACGCAUGUCCAGUUGGGCGCCAGUUGGGCGCCAGUUGGGCGGAUGCAGCUGCCGUGCGGCGGCUGCAGCUGCGCGGUAAUCCUCCCAAUCCUUAUACGUCUUAUCAGCUGCCGCCCUGAUUACUACAGUGUUACCAUAUCAUUUAUCAGGAAGGAUGACCCCUCAACCACGGUGCUCCUUUAUUCCAUUUCGUCUUCAUGAGAAUACCUGAACUCUAUUAGUAGCCGUUGAAACACCGUGGGUGACAAGAGUGCCCCCUACACUGGCACAUCUCCAUCAGGAAUAAUAUUCUCACGAAAGAGAAAAGGGGGAUCAACCACUGCGCGCCAUAUAUUGUAAAUGAAUGGGAUCUUCCUUACCGAAGGACAUGGGCGCCUUCGUGCCCCUGCAAGGUCGAGACACUCACAACACAGCUGGUUUAGAAG